AGUUUAAUUGUCAACAAGCAGACAAGCAGACGGUUUUGUUUUUCACACUCUGAAGCAAUGAUAAUGUGGAACAGGAGGAGGAAUCGUUAUUAAACAUGACAGAAAACAAUGCCUGCGAGUCACAAUUUGUUUGCAGUUUUGUUAAGUCAACAGUACAGCAGUGUGGCUUAAUUGAAUAUAAAAAGACCUGGCCAAGUCGAAUUCUUCCCCUAACAUGUUGUAAAGAUUCAGUGGACUCGCAUCUUUACAAAUAUUCAAUAAGUCGUAGGAGUAUUGACAGUGAAAGUUCAUUAUUGAAGAUAAGAGCUGGUCUUUUUGAGGAAGAUGAUGAUACGCUAACUAUAUGCCCGAAACACAGGUUUGCUCUUGGUGUUGGUUGGAGACCAAGUACACUAUGUUCCAUAGGAUGGAAAUGUACAAACAGUAAGAGCAACUUGAAAGGCACUAUCACAAAGGAGCAGUCUAUUUUUCUCAAGAAAUAUCAUCAUGUCCUACUUGGAAUUGGAUCAGGGGUGUGUUCAAGAUGCAGAAAAGAACUUGUUCAAAGAAUGGCAGACAAGGAAAACAGAGUUGAACCAAAUCCUUCAAGUACAGUACGGGUAGGGACUUAUUUUUAUGGAUGUCUUAAUCCGUCUAGUCGGAUAUGA